UAUAUUUCAUUAUGUCUGCUAUUAGAAAAGAUUUAAUUUAUACUACACAUAUCAAAGCACGUGCACUAACGGAUUAUAAUAUUCACAAAGAUAUGCACAAACAAUUUGAAUUUCAAAAACAAACAAUUCUUGCUGAUGAAUUACUUACAAAAGAUGAAAAAUCCGAAGCAAUAAGAAUUUUGACUGCAAAUUAUGAUAGAGGCAAACUUGUUUAUAAUAAAGGAACAAGAAGAGUUUGUGAAAAUUGUAACCAAAAAUGUUUAGCUACAUUAUAUUGUGAAUAUUGUGUUCGAAAUUAUUUAAAAAAUAAUUUUUCAAAUUGGACAUCUGGAAAUGAUGAUAUUGAUAAUUUAAUACAAAAAUGUCAGUUGGAAACACUCUUGUCCUGUCUCUUAUACACAUCUAGAUGUGUAUAA